CUUGGCCGAGCCGGAGAGCAGCCAGGAGGACGUGGCCACCUAAGAAACCCUAGAAAGCACCUAGCCAAGAGCGAUCCGGAGUGACCGAGUGGCUCUAUCCUUCGUUCCCAGGCUGCCGGGGCCGAGCCGGGAUGAGCGCGCCGGACGGCGAGCCGGGCAACCCGGCCCAUGCCCUCUUCGAGAGGUUCCUGCGGGCCAGCCGGUGCCAGGAGGCGCUGGGCGCUUUCCAGGAGCUGCGGCAGCACCUGGCGCUGCCGGGCACCGGGCUGCACCUCUACCACGGCCUCAAGGCUGCCCUCAACUCGUGGAGCGCCAAGGCGCUCUGGAGCAAGCUGGAUAAGAAAGCCGGGCACAAGGACUACGACCAGGGCACGGCCUGCGCCAGCACCAAGUGCCUGGUGGUGGGGGCCGGCCCCUGCGGGCUGCGCGUGGCCAUCGAGCUGGCCCUGCUGGGCGCCCGCGUGGUGCUGGUGGAGAAGCGGGACUCCUUCUCCCGCAACAACGUCCUGCACCUCUGGCCCUUCACCAUCCACGACCUGCGGGCGCUGGGCGCCAAGAAGUUUUACGGGCGCUUCUGCACCGGCACGUUGGACCACAUCAGUAUCCGGCAGCUCCAGCUGAUCCUGCUGAAGGUGGCUCUGCUCCUCGGGGUGGAGGUUCACACCAACAUGCGCUUUAAGGGCGUCCUGCCUCCCGCCGGCAAGACGGGCAAACAGGGUGGCGGCUGGCGGGCCCUGCUGCAGCCCAGCUCCUCGCCCCUGAGCCGCUACGCGUUCGACGUCCUCAUCUCGGCCGGAGGCGGCAAAUUUGUCCCCGAAGGCUUCGAGCGGAAGGAGACCCGCGGCAAGCUGGCCAUCGGCAUCACCACCAACUUCGUCAACCGCCACAGCCGGGCCGAGGUGGAGGUGGCCGAGAUCAGCGGCGUGGCCCGAAUCUACAACCAGAAGUUCUUCCAAAACCUCUACAACAAGACGGGUAUCGACUUGGAAAACAUCGUCUACUACAAGGACGACACUCACUACUUCGUCAUGACGGCCAAGAAGCAGAGCCUGCUCAAGAUGGGGGUCAUCCUCGAGGACAAGCCGGACACGGAGAGCCUCCUGGCCCCGGACAACGUCAACCGGGAAGCCCUCCUCAGCUACGCCAAAGAAGCAGCCAACUUCUCCACCAACUACCGCCUGCCCGAGCUGGAGUUCGCCCUCAACCACCGGGGCCUGCCGGACGUCGACAUGUUCGACUUCACCUGCAUGACCCGCUCGGAGAACGCGGCCCUGGUGCGGGAGCAGCACGGCGCCCGCCUGCUCCUCGGGCUGGUGGGCGACUGCUUGGUGGAGCCCUUCUGGCCGCUGGGCACCGGCGUGGCCAGGGGCUUCCUGGCCGCCUUCGACGCGGCAUGGAUGGUGCGGCGCUGGGCGGCCGGGACCCCCCCGCUGGAGGUGCUGGCUGAGAGGGAGAGCAUCUACCAGCUCCUCUCGCAAACCUCGCCGGACAACACCAACAAGAACGUGAGCCAGUACAGCAUCGACCCCGCCACCCGCUACCCCAACGUCAACCUGCAGGCCAUCAAACCCGGCCAGGUCCAGGACCUCUACCUGGUGGGCAUGGCGGAGGUGGACCACAAGGGCAAGAGCGACCAGCGGCUCAGCGCAGUGGCCGGAGACGCCUACGAGGAGCUGCUGAGCUGGUGCCGGGCCAGCACGGCCGGCUACCGCGGCGUCGAGGUGGCCGACUUCACGCGGUCCUGGAGCAGCGGCUUGGCCCUCUGCGCCCUCGUGCACCGCUUCCGCCCCGACCUCGUGGAUUUCGAUGCCGUCGACCCGCUGGACCCUGUCCGGAGGCACCAGACCGUGCUGGACGCGGCGGAGCAGGAGCUGGGCAUCCAGCCCGUGCUCUCCAGCACCGAAAUGGCCUCCAUGUCGGAGCCCAGCCGCCUGGGGCUCAUCACCUACCUCAGCCAGUUUUACGAGGUUUUCAAGCCUUCUCCAGGGUCCGAGGAAGUCGCCCAGAAGCCGCCGCCGCCCCGCGGCACCAAGGGCACCAUCCUCUUCCUCAGCAAGCUGCAGAGGAGCCGGAACCUGACGCUGAAGCGCGCCCAGGAUGAAGCCCAGAAGGAUGCUGAGCCCAAGAGGAGCCGCUGGGAAGCAGAGCUGGAGCCGGACGCAGCCGUUCGGGACGGCGGCCACGAGCAGCCCGCGAGCGCCGCGGCGGACCCCAGCCAGCCCGCGGCGCGUGGCGAGAGCAGCGACGCCUGCUACUUCUGCGCCCGCCGCGUCUACAUCGUGGAGCGGGUGAGCGCCGAGGGCCGCUUCUUCCACCGCGGCUGCUUCCAGUGCCGCCGGUGCGGGGCCACCCUGCGCCUGGGCGACUACGCCUUCGACGAGGAGGACGGUUGUUUCUACUGCUCGCUCCACGACCCCAAUCUCCCCAGCAUGGAGCCGUCCCAGGAUGAGGCCCCGGCACGGCCCGAUGGGGAUGCUGCCGCCAGCCGCCCGGCCCCGGCCCCCGGGAGCCCGCCUGCGGCCCCCGAGGAGGCAGCGCCCGCUGGGCUGGGGCUCCCCGGCGCCCCGGUGCCGCCGCUGGCAGCCCUGCGGGAGUCGCUGCCGGAUGCUAUGGGCCCCGGGCCUGAGGAAGCGAGGGAUGAGCAGGGCCCCGGAGCAGAGCCCGCAGAGGAGGGCGAGGAGAGCAGGGGCAGAAGGAAGAUCGUCCUGACGCCCCUGGAGAAGCUCAACCUGUCCACGCUGAGCCUGACAGCGGAUGCGGAGCUGGAGCCGCCGCCGAAGCCGGCCAGGUUGAGGCUCGGGCCAGCGCCCGAGUUGCUCCUCACCCCAGGACGAGGACAAGGUGGCUGGGAGGAGGAGGAGGAGGAAACAGCGGAUGAGGAGGAAGCUUCAGAGGAGAGCAACAGCGAGGAAGAGGAGGAGGAGGAAGGCUCGGACCUUGGCACCGUGGCAGAGUCGCGCCUGAUCCUGGAGGAAACGGAGAAAUACCCGACCUGGAGGCGGACGCUGCACCGCCGCACCAGGGAGGCCCAGAUGAAGCGGUUCUGCAAGGCGCAGGCCAUCCAGCGGCGCCUGGAGGAGAUCGAAGUGACCUUCCAGGAGCUGGAGAAGCAGGGCAUAAAGCUGGAGAAGUUCCUCCGGGAUGAGGGCACCCAGGCCGACCUGAAGACGCAGUGGAUGAACCAGCUGCUGCACCUGGUGCAGAAGAAGAACAGCCUGGUGUCCGAGGAGUCGGACCUCAUGAUCGCGGUGCAGGAGCUGAAGCUCGAGGAGCAGCAGUGCCAGCUCGACCAGCAGCUGCGGCAGUACCUGCACAAGGAGGAAGCCCUGAAGACGCCGGCGGAGCGGGCGGCCGAGCGGGAGAUCCUGGCGCAGCUGCUGGAGGUGGUGAACAAGCGCAACGGCCUCAUUCACGUCCAGGAGGAGAAGCGGCUCAGCGAGCUGCGGGCCUGAGCCCCGCCGGCGCCCGGCACCUCCCCGCUCGCCAAGGCCCCCCCUGGAGCGGGGACAGAUGCCGACGGACGCGGAGCCGCCGAGGAGCUUCCCGGCUUUGGGACGCGGAGAGGGCGCUUGUCCCCACAGGGGCCAGACCCCCCCCCCCACCACCACCACCGUGCUUGGCUGCAUCGCCUUUGCCUGGUGCUUGCUUGAAAAACAGAUUUGCAGGGAGGGGAGGAAAAAAAACAAAACACGGAGGCUGCCGCGGCUCUGCCUGGUGUUCGCCCGAGAAGGAGAAACCGGAGCCCGUUGCGAAGGGUUCGGCUCGGCGAGCCCAACCCGCUCCCGGGCGCGAAGCCGCGACUGCAGCCAGCGCAGGUGGGUCUCGGCGAAGGCGCCGGGCACGGAGAGGAGGCGCCGGCGGCUGCAGCCCCUGGGACCGCGCGUCCCGGUGCCGGGCACCUGUCCCAGCCCAGCGCAUCCGUCCCGGCCCCGGACACGUGCGGCUGCCGCCCGCGGGGCCAGCGACGGGCCCGGGGCUCUGCCUCGCUGCCGAGCCGGCGCCGGCCGCUCCAGGAAAUUGGGGUAGGAAAGGGCAGCGCGGGGGCCUUACAGCAAGGGAAGGGGGGGAAUUUAGCCACCAGAUCUCCGAGCGGAUUUUACUCACCCCCCCCUUGCUCACCCCCACAUCCACCACCCCCGGGAUGAUGCUGCCGCGUCCUCCUCCUGCCGCCGGGGUUUCUUCUCGGCCGGCAGCGACGGACUGGUCUCGGGACCGGCCUCUCAACCCGGGGACCGGCGUCCCGGGAGCAGGGUCCUCCGCCGCGGAGACGGUACCCCUCGUCCUGCUGUUUCCACCCAUCCCACCCUUCACUCCUACCACCCGUCCCGCUCCGCUGUCACCCUGCCUUGGAAUAAACCUUCCUAGAGCCAGCACAAAGGGCUAAACCGCCGCCUUUAUUUGCUAUCCAAGUCAAGCGUAGCUUUCGGAGCAGCCGGCAGGGUUAGAGACCGCGGCUGCGUCCGGCUGGCAGGACCGGGCUCCGGUCUGACCCCCACCCCCCCCACCCCGGGAGAGCCCACGGCCGCGGCGGGAGGCUGCGGAAAGCAUCGCAGCAUCUCCUGGCCGUCAGUGCCCACCUGGGGCAGGGACGAGCAGGGAAGAUCCAGAGCUCUGGGUCCUUGGGGAAAGGUCCCCGAGAUGGUAUUGGGGCUCGCAGGAAGCCACGAAGGGUGUGUUUAAAAAAUAGUAAUAAUAAUAAUAAAAAUCACAGUUAAAAA